GCGGAGGCCGGUGGCUUGAAGCGCACAGGUGCGGCGGGAAAGGGCUUUUGCAAGGGAGCAGCGCCUUUGCGCACCCGGCUGCAAAGGGCGAUCGCCCGGGAGCGGAGGAUCUUGCUAACCGAGCCUCGCAGCUUCUGGCGUGGAGACGGAGGGCGCGAUCCCGCGCGGCGCUUCCUCGCCUCCUCGCUCUUCUUUUGCGCGCUCGGGUCGGAGGCGCCCGGCGCGUCGUGCCAAGGCGGGCGGAGCGGGAGAGAAAAGGAGACGACGGGCAAAGGACUCCGCAUGGCGCGCUUCUUGGCAAGAGCCGGAGAAAUGGAUGCCAAUCCGAAUCGGGGCAGGCUCCCAUUUCUCUCCACGAAGGGAAACCGCUGCAAGAGAAUUCUCCAGCCUGAACGGAGAGGGGGCUACUUCUCCAUUUCCAUCAACGGCUGCAAUUUGUGAAAUUUCCUGCUGGUUGGAGCAGGGGGGCUUCUCUUACUCCCCUCCCCUCUCUCCGUACCCCUGGCUCCCGGACAGGUGAUGCCAUAAAGCGUGGACAAAGUGUGGACAUCCUCGCUUUGUAAGGUGACUGGCCUCUUCGGUUCUGGACGGAGAAACAUUUGGCCAGCUGCCAUGUGGACUUUCUGGGUCUUUGGAGUGGCCUGCAUGGCAGCCGAGGGGGCCAGCGCAGUAGGAUAUCCCAAUAGCUCAGAGGACCCCAAGAUCUCAUCUUCUCUUUACUUGGACACCAGUGGACAGCUCAACAGGAUCCUGAGUUCAGGACGAGCUGUGGACUGCAGAGAGGUGGGGAAGGAAAACAUCUCCAGGCGCUGCUUCUUCAUCCAGAACAACCCAGACUGCCAGAUGGAUGGCGGGUUUCUCAACUACCUCAAUGGAGCUUUCUGCGUUUUCCCUGCUGCUCUCCAACCUCUUGCAGUGACCCUCUAUGCUCUGUGGCUGGUUUAUCUCUUUGUCGUCCUUGGGGUCACAGCCGAGAAAUUCUUCUGCCCCAACUUAUCUGCCAUCUCCACCAAGCUGAAGCUAGCACACAAUGUUGCAGGUGUCACCUUCCUGGCUUUUGGGAAUGGCGCACCCGAUGUCUUCAGCGCCGUCGUGGCUUUCUCCGACCCGCGGACAGCGGGCUUAGCUGUUGGAGCGCUGUUUGGUGCUGGUAUCUUUGUCACCACCGUCGUAGCCGGUGGCAUAGCCCUGGUGAGGCCGUUCACUGCGGCCUCCAGGCCGUUCCUCAGGGAUGCCAUCUUCUACAUGGUCGCUGUCUUCCUCACUUUUGUGGCCCUCUACUUUGAGGAGGUCAGCCUGGCAGAGGCCCUGAGUUACCUCUGUCUCUACAUCUUCUACGUCCUGACGGUCGUCGUCUCUACGUGGCUCCACAAGAGGCAGCGGAGGGAGAGGCCGGGCCCUUCUAUCCCUGCAGAGCCAGAGCUGCCAACAGACUCUGAAGAUGGGGACACUUCGAGCGCCAAUGGAGGCGAAUACGGGGAAGAAUACCGACCUUUGCUGCCUUCGGAAGAGAGCACCCUCCAGAUUCUGACACACUCCUUGAAUCCUCUGGAUUACCGAAAGUGGAGGAGGAAGCCCUGCUAUUGGCGGCUGCUCAAGAUCUGCAAGCUGCCAGUGGAGUUUGUGCUACUGCUGACUGUGCCCAUCGUGGACCCUGACAGGGAAGAUCAGAACUGGAGGCGGCCCUUGAACUGCCUUCACCUCAUCACUGGGCCCCUUGUCUGCAUCCUCACGCUGAAGUCGGGCACAUAUGGGUUUCACAAAAUCCAUGGGGUCUUCCCAGUUUGGGGCCUGGUGUUCCUCCUGGGGGCUGCCUUGGCUGUUGUCAUCUUCUGCACUACGAGGAACGAAGAGCCACCCCGAUAUCACUGGUUAUUUGCCUUCCUGGGCUUCCUGGUCAGCGCCUUGUGGAUCAACGCUGCUGCCACAGAGGUGGUGAACGUCUUGAGGACUUUGGGGGUGAUCUUCCGACUGAGCAACACUGUCUUGGGGCUGACGCUGCUGGCCUGGGGGAACAGCAUUGGAGACACCUUCUCAGACCUCACGAUGGCUCGGCAGGGAUACCCCCGCAUGGCCUUUUCUGCCUGUUUUGGUGGCAUCAUCUUCAAUAUGCUCGUUGGCGUUGGACUCGGCUGCCUCCUUCAGAUGACCAGCAGCAAGCUAGUCGUGAGGCUGGAAUCCGAGGGCCUUCUGGUGUGGAUCCUGGCCGGCGCGCUGGGCCUCAGCCUGAUCUUCUCCUUCCUCUCUGUGCCCGCUCAAUGCUUCCAUCUGGGGCAUGGCUACGGCUGCUGCCUCAUCGUCUACUACCUGGUCUUCUUGACCGUUGCACUGCUGACGGAGUUCAGGGUGAUCCGGCUGGCCUCCAUCUGAAGAAGACAUCUCUCAUCGUGGACCUCCUUCUGACGUUAUCGUGGAAUGGUGAUGGGGUUGCAAAUGUCCCCCUCUUGCGACCGAGCUGCUCUACUUGAAGACAGUGCCUUGCAACAAGCACACACCCCCGGCGAGUGCCCUGUGGGACCUGGUUGUCAGGUUUGACUGUUACCCGCUGCUUGGAGGGAAGCAAGACCACAACUCAAACCUUGGAAACUUACGCAGAGCCCCGGGCAAGCUGUUGUUAGGUUGCUGCGGUCUUUCAAGGCAAGAGUGUGCCACCUGCUUUUAAAGACCUAUAUUAUAAGUCAGGGAUCAUUUGGCCUUGGGGACAGGCCAUCGGUUCCCCCAAUCAGUAUUAACGUUUCUUAUAACGAAAGGCAUUAUUUAGGUUUUAAACAAAAGCUUUUUUUAAAAAAGAAGAACAUUGUCAGGUUUUUUGGGGAUGGGUUUUGCAAAGAGUGGUUUUUAGGUCCUGUCUGUUGAAAGAUGGUAAGGCAUACUGCUCCCAGUAUGUACUGCUUGUGGCUCUUGGUUUUCUCAAGUUUCGGUUGGAAACUGCAAAUUAACAACUAAGAGGUAUUGCAUUAAAAAAAAAAAAAGCACACAACACCCUUUUAUUUCCAGUAUCCAGCAGUGAGUGCCAGGGACGGAUCUACAGUCGUACCUUGGUUUUUGAACAGCUUAGUUCUUGAACGUUUUGGAUCUUCAACGCCGCAAACCUGGAAGUGAGUGU